AUGGAGGGCUGGACCGACAUCCUCUACAACACAAACGAUGCUGCCGGCAACACCUGGAACUGGCUGUACUUCAUCCCCCUCAUCAUCAUCGGCUCCUUCUUCAUGCUCAACCUGGUGCUGGGCGUGCUCUCAGGGGAGUUCGCCAAGGAGCGCGAGCGGGUGGAGAACCGCCGGGCCUUCCUGAAGCUGCGGCGGCAGCAGCAGAUCGAGCGGGAGCUCAACGGCUACCUGGAGUGGAUCUUCAAGGCCGAGGAAGUCAUGCUGGCCGAGGAGGACAAGAACGCGGAGGAGAAGUCCCCCCUGGAUGCAGUGCUGAAGCGGGCGGCCAACAAGAAGAGCCGCAACGACCUGAUCCACGCCGAGGAGGGCGAGGACCGCUUUGCAGACCUCUGUGCUGUGGGGUCCCCCUUCGCCCGCGCCAGCCUCAAGAGCGGGAAGACAGAGGGCUCGUCCUACUUCCGCCGGAAGGAGAAGAUGUUCCGGUUCUUCGUGCGGCGCAUGGUGAAGGCGCAGAGCUUCUACUGGGUGGUGCUGUGCGUGGUGGCCCUGAACACGCUGUGCGUGGCCAUGGUGCACUACAACCAGCCCCAGCGGCUCACCACUGCGCUGUACUUUGCAGAGUUUGUUUUCCUGGGUCUCUUCCUCACAGAGAUGUCCCUGAAGAUGUACGGCCUGGGGCCCAGGAGCUACUUCCGGUCCUCCUUCAACUGCUUUGACUUCGGGGUCAUCGUGGGGAGCAUCUUUGAAGUGGUCUGGGCGGCCAUCAAGCCGGGGACCUCCUUUGGGAUCAGUGUGCUGCGGGCUCUCCGGCUGCUGAGGAUCUUCAAGGUCACAAAGUACUGGAACUCCUUGCGGAACCUGGUGGUGUCGCUGCUCAACUCCAUGAAGUCGAUCAUCAGCCUCCUGUUCCUGCUCUUCCUGUUCAUCGUGGUCUUCGCCCUGCUGGGCAUGCAGCUGUUCGGGGGACAGUUCAACUUUAAAGAAGAGACUCCAACAACCAACUUUGACACCUUCCCCGCUGCCAUCCUCACUGUCUUCCAGGUAAGGCCCCAGCCUAGGCCUCUCUGUCCUGCUCGGCUCUCCUGGGCUGGGAGGGCCGCCCUCCUGUCCCUCCUCAGGCCUCUGCAGCGCACAGUCCACCUGCCAACUCUCCACGCGUGA